CAUUCCGUUAGAAAAAAAAGUGUAAUCAACGCUGUAAUGACUGUUUCAAACUUUCAACCAGCUCCACUUUGGUUACGGUUCAAGCCAACAAACACGACAACGACCGGAGAAAAUACCUGCCCAGGAUUCAUCUAAUCGAUCAAACCAAUGACCGCGUAUUGAGGAGCUGCGGCGAGGUUGCAAUAAACUAACAAUCAAAACAGCAAUCACCUUAAAUAAAGAGGGAAACAUCUCUCGGAAGCCGGGCAGGAAAGCUUGCGUUUGUGUCUGCUCGUCGAAACAAGGUUAACAUUGUAAGGAACAAAAAGCUCCAAUUUUUCGUACCGAACCAGACGGAAUCUGUGAGGAAUUACGCUUUGAUGUGUUAAUCGGUGGUCUGCGUUUAAAUGGUUUAGUUUUUUUUUCGGUGGAGAAGAAAAAUCGUAUAAACUACUUAAAGUGGUGCAGAAAGGCAGCAAUUUUCGAAUCGUGGCGGCGAACCGAGGGAAACGCUGGGAUGGGACUGCCUAUGGUCGAAAUUGAAGCCAUCGACGACAGCAUGUGAUCCAGUACCAGCGCUAAGAUGAUGCACCAGUCGCGUCGACAAUUGCAGCCUGCCGCCGGUCAGCAGCCACCACCACCGCCAACACCCGCUGCGACCGGCCCCGGACCCGGAGGAGGAGCAGGUCCGGGCGGUGGCAAGGGUGGCGGAACAGAAAAUGUGACCAAGCGGGGUAUUCCGAUCUUUCGGAACAGUCGCAGUGUCAGCAGUAGCAGGAUCAGUGCAAUAACAGUGGGUCCGAAGAUCGACACCGGCCGGAAGGUAGCGCUUUCCCAACAGUCAGCAGUGGUCCAUGGUCGAGGCAGUGAAGGUGAUCUGGAUCAAAUCGACGAGGACAUGUUCUCAAAAGUACCCAAGAUGGAGCUGCUGAAGGUGAAUUAUGUAAAUUUGAAAAACGAUGGCGUCGCCGGAAGUGAGAGGAAGAAAGGAGACGAUGGAACAGUGGCGGCAACCGCUCCAACUAAGGGCAACGUGGCAAGUGCAAUAAAGAAACAAUUAACUACCAGUACCAUGAACCUCACAAGCAGCGCCGGAAACGGGUCGACGCCUAACCUUAAGGAAGUCAAGUCGAAAUAUUUGGUGUACAAAAAGCAUAACGGAUUUGGGUCAAACAGUUCCAUUGCUGACAUAGGGGCAAAAUUGCAAUACAUAAACGAUACGGAUGUUAAAUCCAAAAAUGGAAAGAAAAAAUAUGCGCUGUUCGAUAGCAAAAAGAAAAAUAAGUUGGAAACAGUUCAGUAUUAUUUCGACAGUAGAAGUUACGAGCGUUACGUGGAUAAUAAACUGUACGGCGUAGUUAAUAAAGACGGUCAAAAGCAGCCUCCGCCUAGAGCAAGGGAGAUGAGCCCUUUGCCGUCCAAACCUGACCCCAAGCCGGAACCAGUUGAUGCAUAUAAACGUUUAAGUUGGGACCUGAAAUCUAACCGGCCAAGCAUGCUCCGAGUAAUAAAUCAAUCGGCAAAGAAACCACCGGAAACGUGCCAACAAUCAUCAGCUUCUGUAAAAAGUCCCAUGUUUAAGCAACAACCACAACAACUUGAAGUUCACAAUCGUUUCAAAGCAUUACAAAAGAGCCAUACCAGUACCAAUCUAAUUACUCGCCAUAGAUCGAUGAACGACAUCCAUCGGAUAAAUCAGCUGUUCAUGGAAUCGAAAAGUGUCGGCGACGUGGCUACUGGCGCAACCAAUCAUCCACCUCCUUCGCUUCCUCCGCAGCUUUCACGGCAGCUCAGUAGCAGUGUGAUCGCACUGAAUCAUAAAAAUAUGACCAAGAGUUCUGGACCUACGGUAAUUGGAGCGUCCAGUGGUGCCGUUCGAGAAAGCGUUCAUAGGUUUGAGAAAAAUAAAGCCAAGAAUGAUGAAAUGUCCGUAAAACAACAAAAAUAUCUGGUCCACAAACGCCUUAGCGCUCGUUACAAACCAGAGGAAAGUGCUUUAGCUCAUGCAGCGGCAGCGGCUUCACCGCCAACACCGUCUGUAACGGCUAUUGGAUCUGACGAAACAAUCAGCAAACGGAUUCGCCGGAUCAUCGAUGGUCACAACGGGACGGGAUCAACGGAAACGAUCAAUUUCUGCCCAACAUCAACGACUGUGUCCUGCCGGAAGGAAGAACCAAAGCGGGAUUUCUGCAGAGUUAGGUCUAAAUCCUUAGAACGGACCCUUAGCGAUGACGAUGUAAGUACGAUAAGUGCUAAGAGCAGUAAGACAACUUGUGGAUACAAAAACUGCAAGUUCUCGAACUGUCCAAUGUCCUCAUCGUCGUCAUCGUCUUCUGCUUCCACGGUUUCAAGCUCCUCCUGCGAAUCUAAAAACUCUGGAUCAACUGAGAGUCAUAAAAGCUUCUUAAGCAACGGCAGCAAGUGCAAAGAGAAGGAACCUGAGAUUCUGUGUGGCAAACGAACUUCAAUCGUCAUCAAUGACAGUGACAGCGAAAUCCUGUUCAACAACGCUCUGAACGAUAAGCUGAAUAACGGUUGCGAAAACGUGCGAGUGAUUUCAUCCAAAAUCAAGGAGAUUGAUUUGGAAACGAAUCGAAUGAUAAUUGAGAAGUGUGUCGAGCCGAUUGCAGAUAUUACAGAAACUGUGCUGGCACGGCAGAAGUUCUGGAACCAGCAACAUCAGAGGAAUAUCAAACUGAACAACAACCCGCAGAAUAAGCCGUACGAUGAUAAGAUUAAAAUAAAUAACAAGAUUAAAAAUGACGAGAACAACAGUAUCAAGAUUUUCAUUUCGAGUCAAGCAUCGGGCAAAGGUGCUACAAAUAUAAGCGAGCCCGUAUCAUUGAUUUCAACUUCGGCUAGUGGAAGCAGCGGAGGUGGGAGCUGCUCCGCAUCUACGGUGAGUUCAAAUAGUGGAGAUUCGGAUAAGGACGACGGGUAUUUCGAUCAAAGCGAGAGGUCACUUAGUCCCGCUGAAAGCAAUAAGCAGCCCCUGUCCAUUGUAUCGACGGUUAGCACCGGAAGUACAGUCUGCAGUGAUGGGUCAAACAUGUCGAGCGUAACCUGCAACAAUGGUAACUCCAACGUCCACCGGUACACAUCCAAAACUAGCAUAAGGCUUGGAUGCGACGGAGCUCUAUUUUGGAACAACAACUAUUUCGAGGAUUUUGACAAUUCUCAAUCGAUUGGUUCGGGUGAAGGUGAUGGCGGAGGAGGGGACAGUGUAAGAUGCUGCAAUACGGCAGGUAAUUGCUGCUGCUGUUGUCGACGCAGAAGAAGUAUUGCACUGGGAAGCAACAGUUGUAUCAUUAGUUCAAUCGACAUCGGUGGCUGCAACGGUUCUGUUGUCGGUGGCAAUGGAUGCGCUAGUCAUGGAAUUGGAAACGGAGUAGGCGUCGGCGGCUGCGGCGGUGGAGGUAGCUGCAAUGGAGCAGUAGGCGGCGGGGGCGGAGUGGUGCUGAGAAAAGCUCAACUCUGCCAAUGCGGAAUCGCGAAGCACAGCAGUAAGAUCGAAAGCUUCUCGUCACGGCCCCGCUCCAUCGAGGGACCCCCGGACUCGGGGAUCUCCAUCAGCAGCGAUACCAUCAUUGCCAGCUCGGACAGCGAUCUCAAUCUGCAGAGUCAAACGGAUUCGGACGAACGGAAGCUGAAACGGGGUCACGUGCUAGCCGAACUAUUGGAGACGGAACGGAUCUACGUGGCGGAAAUGGGAUCAAUUCUGAAGGGUUACCGAGAUGAGAUGCUGUCGGAGGAGAUGAGCUCACUGGUGCCACCGGGACUGCAGGGCAAGGCGGACAUCCUGUUCGGGAACCUGCACGAGCUGUACACCUUCCACAACGACAUUUUCCUCAAGGAUCUGGAGAACUGCAUAUCCACUACCGAACUAGUCGCAUUGUGCUUCGUGCAGAGGCGGGACACUUUCUUCCGGUUGUAUUCGUACUACUGUCAGAACAUUCCGCGCUCGGAACGGCUUCGCGAAACUCUGGUGGACACGCAUCUAUUCCUGCAAGAGUGCCAAAAGAAGCUGGGGCACAAGCUACCGCUCGCCGCCUAUUUGCUCAAACCAGUACAAAGGAUCACCAAGUAUCAACUUCUCUUGAAGGAUCUGUUAAAAUUUAGUGACACCGGAACGUGUUCCCGGGAGCUGCAGAAGGCAUUGGACUGUAUGCUGGUGGUGCUAAAAUGCGUCAACGAUUCAAUGCAUCAGAUUGCAAUAACUGGUUUCCCCGCCGACCUCUCUCAGCAAGGUGAACUGCUGCUACAGGAUUCGUUCCAAGUGUGGACCGAAAGCAAAAAAGACCUCCGAUUGCGACUGAAAACUCAACAUCGGCACAUUUUCCUCUAUCAAAAAGCGAUGCUAUUCUGUAAACAGGGUUCGAAAACCGGCCACAACAAGAGUACCUACCAGUUCAAACACUGGCUACAGAUGUCCCAGAUCGGCCUAACGGAAUCGGUGCGGGGCGACCCACGGAGGUUCGAAGUGUGGCUUCAAGGCCGACAGGAGGUCCACACGAUACAGGCCAACACGGUGGAAAUCAAGAACAAGUGGGUGGCGGAGAUCAAACGGGUGCUGCUGAACCAACUGGAAGAGCUCAAGGGAGAGAAAAUCAAACAGUAUGGACUGAAUCACAAACCGCUCCGCCACACGGCCUCGUGGGACCUGCCACCAUCGAUACAUGGAACGCCCAACCGAACGCUUAGCUGUGACCAGCCUCCACCGGUGGGUAUCACCAACAUUCAGCACCAUCCCGUGGGCGUGGGCCACCAGCAGGACGUCAUAACCCGCAUCGCGCACCUGAACGAGGACAGCAUGAUGAGCGCAACGGGCAUUUCGUCCUCCUCGUCCGAGCACGACAACCAGGAAACGAACGCCUGGAGCUCGGAUUACUCCAACAGCGAGGAUGAGUUUACGCAUGGAGAGGAUGGCGUACUGCCGGGUCAUAAAUUUAUAUCGCUGGCAGACUAUUGUGCAAUGGGCAACUCGGAGGUUUCCAUGAAGGAAGGCGACAUGGUGGAACUACUGAAAAUCGGGUGUGCCGGUUGGUGGUUUGUCAAAGUCAUCGGAAAUAGUCUCGAAGGAUGGGCACCGGCAGCAUACCUAGAGCCCAUCAACCGAAAGUCGUCCAGACUUCGUGGUGCUCGCAGCCAGGACAAGCUGAACGAACAUUGAAGAUGUGCUCUGGGAUUGUACAUUUUUCUCAAGUCAAAAUUGUUGAAUCAUAUUGCAUGUGUAUUUAUUAGAAGAUCACUCUCACUUUCACCUUCACGAUCAGCAAAUUAUUCAUUCGCCGAACCAUCAUAUCAGGUAAAACGUCAAAACCACAACUGGAGACUCUCUGUUGUAUUAGCCAAAAUAUACACCGAUAAACAUACCUUACAUAGGAUUCUAAGCAGCAAAAGUUGGUGGAUAAUAGAGAAAGCAUUGCCGUGUGUUAUAGAAUAAAUUGUGCAAUUAGCAAUAAAUUUAGAAAACGCUGGCGUAUAUACUUCAGAAAAUCGCGGAAAAUUACGAAAAGUUAUUCUACGUUUAGGAUACGGAAGACACUCUUAGAUAACCAUCUCGCUAGCAGACAUCAUGUUCAAUGUUUCAUCUUACUCCACUUUCUGCAUGCUUCACCAUAGUUUAGAUUCCGAGAUUAACCAUGAUAGAUCAAAAUGUACUUGCAUAUCGAUUCGCAAUUUAUCCCAAAUCAAUCAUCUUUAUCGUUGGAAAGUAGACUAUACCAAAGCAUUGAAAGCUCACUAAAUAUCGUGAACAAGAGGAUUUUUCUUGUAUUAUCGUACGAGCUUGAAUUGUUUUGUAAGACCAGCCCUCAGCUUUAUUUUACAGAUAGAUAACUUCUUAAUCCUGAUAAUAAUCACAAAAAACGUGGCACAGCUGUGGUCAAUCGGCCGGCGGCCGGCGUUUCCAUCGGAUUUGCUUGUGUUUGACGUCGUCGGCACACUACCGUCAUCUGGUUGCCGCUUGUCAACACACAGUGUGUUUAGUAUCUCUGUGCCACUUCCUUCACGAAGUGACGAAGUUGUAACUGGUAUUUAUUUGCGGACCGUGAAAAAGAUAUUCAUUUUGUUUAAACUGGUUUCUAUGCAGACCCACGAUAGAAAAGGAGCAGAGAACAAUUACGACCUGUCCGUAUAAUUGAUUAACAAUUCGUUAUAAUAUAAUUAUCAUUAACGAAUUCGUGAUCAGUUUAGCAUUUAAAACAUUAUUGUUCUGUAGAUCGAAGACACAGCCCCAAAAAUCUCCAAUUGUUACAUUGCUAACAUAUGCAUUACCAAUAGCUUCGAAACAUUUUAUUUGCGGCUGUAUACAAUGUGCCCUCUUUAGCCCUCUUUAGCCGUGCGGUAAGACGCGCGGCUACAAAGCAAGACCAUGCUGAGGGUGGCUGGGUUCGAUUCCCGGUGCCGGUCUAGACAAUUUUCGGAUUGGAAAUUGUCUCGACUUCCCUGGGCAUAAAAGUAUCAUCGUGUGAGCCUCAUGAUAUACGAUUGCAAAAAUGGUAACUUGGCUAAGAAACCUCGCAGUUAAUAACUGUGGAAGUGCUUAAUGAACACUAAGCUGCGAGGCGGCUCUGUCCCAGUGUGGGGAUGUAAUGCCAAUAAGAAGAAGAAGAAGACAAUGUGCUUCAAUUUCCGUUGGUUUAACUGUUAACUACUACAGCUGAGAGUGAAGUUUUAUAAAAACAUUUAAGUCGUACGAUAAUAAUACAAAAAAGUCCAUCAUAUACAAUUAGAAUUGUCGAAAAAUUCGCCUAUACUGAGCAAAAUUCCUCAUCAAACGAUGGAAUAGAUAGAACAUCAAUUUCAGACAAGCCUUGGACGAAUAUUUGUUUUGUUAUCACUCAUUUGGUCCGAUCCUUAUUUGUUGAUUAAAUUCGGAGCUCAUAGAUUUUAACUUAUUUAUUUAUGCGAUAUUUUUUACUGUCAAUGGAGCGUAGUGAAUACCAUUCGUUAUUUCAUGUUUUCCAUACAUUACAAUAGAAGAAUACGCUGUUGAGUUAUUUGUUUUCGGUCAUGUACUAAUUAUGUAAGGCCAUACAAGAAAAAGUCCAACAUUUCCUUACUCUCCACACAAUUUUGUAUGAAACAAAUCGUUUUAUAGGGGAAGAGGAAGAUAAAAAAUCCCUUGCCUAAUUAGUACACGGCCUUUGUUGUUCAGUUGUACCUUAUUUACUUCUUUCCCUUUUACUCACAUCAUCAGGGAGAAGGAUCCAUGCGCUUAUUCGGGUGCCAAUGAAAAUGUUCAUCAUAUUAAAAACCGUAUAGUAAAAAAAAUGCCUAACCCAAUAAA